AUGCAAAUUUUCGUCAAGACACUCACCGGCAAGACUAUCACCCUCGAGGUGGAGUCCAGCGACACUAUUGACAACGUCAAGACCAAGAUCCAGGACAAGGAGGGCAUCCCCCCAGACCAGCAGCGCCUGAUCUUUGCAGGAAAACAGCUCGAGGACGGCCGCACCCUCUCCGACUACAACAUCCAGAAGGAGAGCACCCUCCACCUCGUCCUUCGUCUCCGUGGUGGCAUGCAAAUCUUCGUGAAAACUCUGACCGGCAAGACCAUCACUCUUGAGGUCGAAUCCAGCGACACCAUCGACAACGUCAAGACCAAGAUCCAGGACAAGGAGGGCAUCCCUCCAGACCAGCAACGUCUCAUCUUUGCAGGAAAACAGCUCGAGGACGGCCGGACCCUCUCGGACUACAACAUCCAAAAGGAAUCAACUCUCCACCUUGUCCUUCGUCUGCGUGGAGGCAUGCAGAUCUUCGUCAAGACACUGACGGGCAAAACUAUCACUCUGGAAGUAGAAUCCAGCGACACGAUAGACAACGUCAAGACAAAGAUCCAGGACAAGGAAGGUAUUCCGCCAGACCAGCAGCGUCUCAUCUUUGCUGGAAAACAGCUUGAGGACGGCCGGACGCUGUCCGAUUAUAACAUCCAGAAGGAGAGCACGUUGCAUUUGGUGCUGCGGUUGCGAGGCGGUAACUAG